AUGUCUUUCAAAGACACCUUCACCAAGGAUGAUCAGAAAGAGGGACUUCUCGGAUACGAUGACACGGCCUUCUACUACUUCUUCAGCAGCGUGCUGGUGACUGUCGCCGUGCCAUGGACAUGCUCAGUCAUUUACAACUUCCUCUUUCCCGGUCAAGCCCAAGUGGAAAAGGAUUUCCCAACCAAAAGCAAAUCUGGAAGUAGAUAUCACUACUGUCAAAGCUCGCAGAUGGUGGACAAGAUAGAAAAGGCCCGCCAAAAGGCGAGGAGAGCAAGUGCAGGCUCGUCGUUCACAAUGAUCAUCAAAUUAUCGCUGCUGGCUGGCAUUUGGCUUACUAUAUACCUGAUCCACGUGCAUCUUGGUGAUGCUAAAGAGAUCAAGAGGUUUGAUCCUUUCGAGAUUCUGGAAGUCAGUCCCGGCGCAUCAGCCACCGAAGUCAAGAAGGCGUACCGGCAGCUGUCUCUGAAAUACCACCCGGACAAAAACCCUGAUGAUCCGUUGGCUGCUUCGCGCUUCAUGCAGAUCACGAAGGCGCACAACGCGCUAACAGAUGAGACAGCCAAAGCCAACUACGAGAAGUAUGGCAAUCCGGAUGGUCCGCAGACUUCGAAAGUUGGUAUCGGGCUGCCACGCUUUUUGCUGGAGAAGGAGAAUCAUUUGAUGAUACUUUGUCUCUUCUUCUUUCUGCUGCUCUUUGUUGUGCCCAUGGCAUUUAUCUGCUACUACCAGAGGACGAAAAACUACGCGGCCAACGGCGUCAUGAUAGAGACCCUGCAGUUCAUGGGGUACUAUAUCAACGAGGCCACGAGGCUCAAGAACUGCCCGGAGCUGCUCGCAGCUUCAGCAGAGAGCAGGGGCAUGUCUCUGAGACCAUCAGACAAUUCAGAGAUGAAGACGCUUUCCGCGCAGGUCGUCGAACACAAGAAGCGUCAGUUUACUGCUCCCAUCAUCAUCAAGAACAACUUCUUGCUUCUUGGCCACAUGCAGCGGCUACACCACCUCAUGUCUGACGACCUCCGAGCAGAUCUGGAUGAGAUGCUGAGGCAUUCGCAGAAGAUUACGCAGGCGAUGAUUGAGAUCGCCUGCAUGCGGGAAUGGUUCUUCACGGCCCAGGCCAUGAUCGAGUUCCGACGCUCCCUCAUCCAGGCCUUGGACGUCAAGAGCUCACAGCUCCUUCAAAUCCCUCACUUCAAUGAGGAAAUCCUCAAGCACUGUCUCAAAGGCAAGAAUGCCACUUCGACGCUGCUGGACUACCUGCAAAAAGACCGUGAUCAGAGGAAGGGGCUUACCACCAUGUCUCCCGACCAAGUUGCAGAUGUGGAGGCAUUCACUGCUCACGUCAGCAACAUGGAACUGAAGGCCAUAACAGAGGUGGAGGACGAGAAAGACAUUGUUGUUGGCGACAUUGCGACCGUCACCUGCCAACUGACGCGAAAAAAUCUGCAGGAGGGUGAGGCCAUGGGCCCGGUGCAUGCACCGUUCUAUCCUGAGCCCAAAUUCGAAGAAUGGUGGAUCUUCCUGGUGGAGGGUGCGCCAAACACAAGAAUCAUGGGGUUCGAGCGAAUUCGGGACACGGACCGGGUCGUCGAAACCAAACUGCGCUUUCAGGUCUCCCGGCCGGGCAAACACAGCCUCACCGUCCACGCGCUCUGCGAUUCCUACGUGGGCAUCGACCAGAAGGUGGACCUGAACUUUGUUGUGCACACGGAGGAGGAGGUGAAGCGAGAGAUCUUUGUUCAUCCUGAGGAUGAGGAUCUGGAUUUGCAGCCGACUCUGUUUCAACAGUUCAUGGGCGAGCUCGGAGGUGAUGACGAGAGCGAGGAGGAGGAAGACGAUGACAAGAGCAAAGGCAAGAGCAAAGUUGAGAAGCUCAGCGAUGGCAAGCAGCAGAAGGCCGACAGUGAUAAUGAAGAUGACAAGAAGGCCAUGCAGAAGACCCCGUCUUUCGAGCUUGUUUGCACGAUGGUUCCGACACUGGCAGGGGGAGUAGACCGGCGGGGACGCCUGACGCAACUGGUCCGGCCCAUGUGGGACGCCAAAUGGGACGGGGUCGCAAGUGCACAUGUCCGACAGCGUAUUCUGCCACAGGUUGGGCUAUUGCACGUGAUCGACGAUGCUUGGAAAGCCCAGGCCUUGCCUGAAGACGACUUGGUUCUCCCAGAAGGCCAUCAGAUCAAUCUGGAUGAGUCCGACGACAAAACGCCGGAAAUGGAGCGCUCAGAGGAGCGAUGGUGCGAGUUGCCCUUGACACACUUCCUGGAAGAGGAAGCAGAGGUGGCUGUUGAUAGGGGAGCUUCCAGCUUCUGA